GCAGCGGCCGUUUCACCUUUAAUUUAAAACCGGAACAAACAGAUGAGGAAAGUCGAUCGGCCGCUGAAUGUUUUAUCAGCUGUUUUCAUGUGACUGUGAGGACAGACUGUGUGUUAAAUAGGAUUUAUAAAGGGAACACGAACUGUGUGUUUAUCUGGACCGCAGCUGGACACCAAACGAACUUCAAGAUGAUACCUCAACAUUAGCCAAACAUCAAGAUUUUUUAUUUUGCUUUUACCCAACGCGUCCUUAUUUAUGUAGAGGGAAUUAUUUUAGGGGCUGUUAAUACGUCUAAGUUUCAAUGGCGGGGCCAUCAUUCGCUAGAACCAGGAGGAGAGUCAGCGAGGCGGCCGGGCUGAUGUGGCCGCUGCUCGGUGCGUGUCUCUGGGCUGCCGUGGUCGGGUACAAGCCGGUGAUCAUCGUCCACGGAUUGUUCGACAGUUCAGACGAUUUUAAGAACUUACAGCGGUUCAUUAAUGAGUCUCAUCCUGGGACCAAUGUGACGGUCAUCGACCUUUUCGACAGAGGUGCCAGCCUGGAGCCCAUGUGGAAGCAGGUGGAGGGAUUCAAGGCAGCCAUUUACCCAAUAAUGCAAAACGCUGCAGAUGGAGUUCAUUUCAUCUGCUACUCUCAAGGUGGACUUGUUUGCAGAGGGAUCCUCUCCAUUCUGCCCGACCACAACGUUCACUCGUUCAUCUCUCUGUCUGCGCCUCAGGCUGGGCAAUAUGGAGAUACAGACUACCUGAAGUAUCUCUUCCCUCAGUUUGUGAAGUCAAACCUCUUCCACCUCUGUUACACGGCGAUCGGUCAGAGGGUUUCCAUCUGCAACUACUGGAACGAUCCCCACCACAGAGACCUGUAUGUGAACACCAGCGACUACCUGGCUUUGAUUAACAGCGAGAGACCAAACCCAAAUUCAACAGAAUGGAAGGAGAACUUCCUGAAGAUCCAGAAGCUGGUUCUGAUUGGAGGCCCGGACGACGGCGUCAUCACCCCCUGGCAGUCCAGUCAGUUUGGAUUUUAUGACGACAACGAGACGGUCAUCGAGAUCCAGCACCAGGAUCUGUAUCUGAGAGACGUUUUUGGCCUGAAGACGCUGGCGGCCCGCGGCGACCUGUUCUUCUGCACCGUUCCGGGCGUCGUGCACGUCUGGUGGCAUUCGAAUGAGACGGUGUUCCACACGUGCAUCGAGAAGUGGCUGGUGUAGCCACACACACACACACACACACACGCCCACACACACUCACACACACACACACACACACACAGAGAUAUUCUGCUGUUUAUUAAGCUCAUACCAUCUUAAAAUCCAGGAAUCUCUGCUGACUGACCGUUUGAGUCAGAUAUCAAACAGCGAUUGCAGGAUUUAUUUCUUCUUUCUCAGUAAGUUUUUGCUUUUGCAAAUGAGAAAUCUUUAUUUUUGCUCAUAUUUAAAGAAGUUGUAAAUGUAUUUGUUUGCUCUCCUGGUAAGACUCCAGUGUUAAGAAGAGAACUUUCUUUUAAAGAUACUGCAGGUAACUUUUUACCUCCAUUUAAAACAAAGUGCAACAAAAACACCCAAAUUUUACUUGUAAAAUCCAAAAUUAUUGUUUUUUUCAUUUUAUUGUUUUUUAUUUACCUCGAAAAGUUGUACACCACAUGAAGUGGGUUUAAAUUAUUGGUCAGAGCACUGAUGAGCUGAAAAAUGAUCCAGAAUCGAAAGAGUUCACUCUUCGGUGUAAACGCUGUUACCGAGUUAAGAAAACUCAAAUUCAACUUGCAGGUGUUUUAAAGGAAACCAUUUUCUAAAAUAUGUCAAGCCGUCUCUACAGUUCCUUCAGGCUGGAAAAGAGAGUGAGGCUUUCAGCACGUAACAGGAAGGCUGAAUGCAGUUCAGGAAAAUUGGUUUGUUUUAAUUUUUUUAAGUUUUUGUCAUAAAAAAUGCUCGAUUUGCGAAAUAUUUUGAUUUUGUUCUAUUUUGGUUCUUAAAUUGGAAUCAGGUUUUAUUGGCAGCUUAAAAAUUUACCUAAGUAGAGAUACACCAGUCACAAUGUUGUGUCUAAUUACCAUUUUCUUAAGGUUUUUAUUGACUUCCUUCAGACUUCCCACUACUAAUAUAACUCAUUUUCAUUUUUAGACCUCCAGUGUCUUUGCAAGAGAUGAUACUUAUAACAGUAGCCCCAUAAUAUUAAACUUUUAUUUUAAGCGCUAACUUUGAAAUGUGUUGUCACAGUUGAACAAAACCCAAAAGUUUAUGUGCUAAAGUUUUUUCUUUUUUUAGUUAAAUCAUUUAAAGUGAUUUGAUAUCUCAAAAAUAACAAGAUUGAGAUUUAUGAAAAAAGAAAACUAUGAAGUUCAUGCAUGGUUUUGAUAUGCAUUAUGGAAUUACUGUUGCUUUAGUCAUGAAAUGGGUCUCCCCUUGUAAAUGUAUAAGAUUUAUUCUAAAAUUCAGAACAACGCUGGAAAUUUAAGGGAUUACGAAACUAAAUUGAACUAUAAAGGACUAUUCCAGCUAUGUAUCUGGUCAUUCCUACAGAUUAAACUCUGAAAUGACCAUUUUCUUUCAGCUAUUGUUACCAAAUAUCAAAUACGACAAUGGUGGGUGUUUUUCAAUCUGCACAAACAAACAGUUGCUGCAAAGCACAAAAAACUCCAUUAGUUGCUUCCUGUUGAGUGUAAUUUAUGAGUGGAGUUACAAAUAAAACCACCCAGCAGAUUCUGGCUGAACAGAAGUCUGAAUUGUGGGAGGAGGUGACAAAUUUCCACCACAAGUUAUGAAUUUGUAUUUAUACAUCCUGUGCAGCCUGCCUUUAAAAGAUUACAAGCUUUUAUGACCCUUACAGCUGAUGUUUGCACCUUUUUAGUUUGUGUCGACCCUUUGCAGCUACGUCACUAAAUCAUUCGAGGCGCCAUGAUGGACGUCGGAAGUGAGGCACGUUAGUGUUGAACAAAGCGACUGAAGUUCUUUUCCAAAGUUGUUUUUGCCAGUUUAUUCAUGGCUUCUACUUGUUCGAGUCGAGCUAAUUUGUCUGUGAACGUAACGCACCUAGUUGGGGCUCAAAGACGGCGGUUUACAAAAGUUAGAAACAGUUAGCUUAGAAACCGACCCGUUCCUCCUUCCUCCUGACGUGUUUAUAAAAUUACCGACUUUGGCUGAAUUCACACCACAUGAUUUAUGUCGCUGUGUCGUAAAAUGCGUUUCCCCCUGAAACGGAGCAACAUUUAAAAACGUACUAAAGACGAGAUGCUAAUAAGUUUUUUUUCCAUACAUGCUAGGCUACAUGACGGUGCGGCAUUGUCUCCAUGGUUACCAACGGUUAGACGCUUAGCUUCGCCAUAAUGCGAUAUUUCAUAUCUUUCUAAUCAUAUUUCCUUAUAAAGUAAAUGAACGUUAAUCUUCUUACCUUGCAAAAAGUGUCGAUACAAAUCCGCGGCUACACCGAGAGCUGCCAGUCAUUAUUAUUAGCAGCUGUUGAUCAUAUGAGAGCUGCUAUCCAUCGCCGCCAUAUCUUUCCUCAUUAAAAGUUAUGACAAGUUGGUGCAGCAGCCUAUGGCCAUUUUAAAAUGAAAUCAACUGAACAAAAGUAAUAUUAGGCUACAGAUGUCUGUUUUUAGACUAGCUUUAAAUAAAGCGCAUUGGUUGUUUUUUGACGUCCGUCAUGGCGGAGUUCUGGAGAGCGUGACGUCACGUGUAAAGGGUCAAUAGCCAUUUUAUUGUUGCAUAUAAUGAUGUGUUAUAUUAGUGUAUCUCAACGACACCAUGCAAACCCGACCGUGCCUGAACGACCUGCUGUCAGCAGGGCAGAUGAUUACUGCCCUGCUCAUCUAGUGCAGACAUUUACAUCAUUUUUAACCAGAUCCAGACCUUUAUUAACCUUUUAUUAUCAGUGUGCAUGAAAGAUCUGAUCACCAGUAUCAGGGAUUUUCCUCAGAUUCAUGCAGUACAUGUUCUCCUCCUGCUUUAGUGGAUUAAGCCUUAAAUGUUUUUUGGUUUUUUUUUCCCUACAUGCCUCAGUGUUUCAUGUCCAAAGUGCUUUGACACACUGCCUUCAGUGACGGUGCUAAAAAUAAAUAAACAUAUUACAUUAUAGAGGUAUAAGCGUAAAGUAGUGCAAAGUGGCCAGUCAGGUAGUGAUGCGUUACUGAUCCACCAAAAGCUUACAGUUCUGGUCAGACAUCUACAAUCUUCUCCUCGUGGGAAUGCAAGUGUCGUUUAUCCGAACAAGAUACAAUGGAAACAGCACAUUUAAAAAAAAAUAAAUGGAUGCACAAGUUUAGGCAAGUUACAGAUGAACUGACUUCAAUAAGCUUCUAAAAUAACUUCCUGUUGGUUAUUUGUCUGUUCUCUUUGGCAGAAUUGGUAGAAUCAAUUUAGACUGGUUUAUUUCCAGUAGGACUGGGCGAUAAAUUGAUUUUAUUGACCGAAUGUUUGGUUUUUGAAGAAUAAAUUUUUGGAAAAUGUGGAUUUUGUUCACCAGUUCUUCAGAGUGAUUUCAGCUCGCCCAAGGCAGCCAUCUUGUUUGUCAGGCAUGUUUUCCAGCUUCUAUUUAUUUUUGCUUUAAAUUCAGAUCAACUCCACGACAAAAUGUUAGGGUCCAGCUAAGAAUUUAUAUUGUUAAUUAUGAGAAUAAAGUCAUAAUAUUAUAAGAAUAAGUUAUAUGACAAUAAAGUCAACAUAAUUGGAGAAUAAAGUUUUAAUAGUACGAGAAUAAAGCCGUAAUAUUAAGAGAAUAAAGUAGUAAUAUUAUGAAAACUCUGACAUAAAAAUAAAAGUCAGACUUUAUUAUCAGUUUUACAGGUAAGGAAAUAUUUAAUCUUUUAACACAUAAUCAUCAAAUUACUAUCAGUAGCAGGACUUUGAAUGGUGAGUCUGGUGUUUCAAGAAUGAUCAAAUCAACAAAUUUAAAUGAGCUCCUUGAAAAGAGUUCAAAAGUGGAGGUUCAGUUUGCUGAAGGGCAUUUAUUAAUCCAAUUUCUGGAGAUAUAUGUAUAUAUUUGAGCCUUUAUAACUUUGAUCCUGUGUAAAUUGCAGAAAAUCUGCAAUAAAUCCAAUCUUGUGCAUUUUGUUUCUAGCAAAGAAGAUGCACAAGAUUGAAACUUUUAACACCAAUCCACCCAGACAAAGUCGUUCAAGCAAACCAUUAAAGCCUAAAAUGACGCAUCAAUGUCCAUGACGAGUGAUUAGUGCACAACUGUCUGAUCAGAACUGUAUAUGUGGUAUUUGUUACCCUCCAUCACAUUUAGAUGGCUCAGGCUUUUCACUGGUUUUCAUAUUUAGUAGAAAAGGGAUUCAGUUUUUCCCAAAACUGGUUACAUUUUUAUGUUUGCUGAUUCUGCAACAUGUUUUAUUCAUGUAUAUUUAUGGGAAACGAAGGGAAACGGAAAUGUGUUUGUUAAUGUGUGGAGACAGGAAGUGAAUUAUCGUAGCGUGGAUUGCACAUGGAGCGAGAAGGGAACUCAUGAACAAGGGUUGCUUUCAAAUGUGUUCAAGCUGCUUAAAUUUUUUGUUAUUUGUUUUACUUUUUAUGUCAUUUAUUACAAGAAACCCAUAACUAAAAAGUAUGAAGGGACAUACUCUGUGUUCAUCUGUUCUGCUUUUACAACCAGUUACUGUAAAUAAGGAACCUUUUUAAAACUAGAAUGACUAUUUUGGAAGUUUCUACAGUGUUUGUCCUCCAAAUAAAAAGAAAGUAAAAGCUGACAUUUUCUCAAUAAAUACAUUUGAACAUACAA